GUUAGCAGGACAUCAGUUCCUUGUCGACACUCCUCCUGCUAACAUGAAGUACCGCAUGUUGAACAAACGCAAGCUCGCGGCCAGUCCUUCGCCAGUUAAGAGAGAGGUCCCGGAAGAGGACGUCACCAUUGACACCACCGCCCAUAGUGCCCUGGAGCUGGAGGCAGCAUCGGCUCUCCUCUUGCUUCGCUACCAAUACGAUCGUCAGAUCUGCAAUAGUAUUAUUUCAUACACUGCAACAACCCGAUCGCCAACACCUCCGCCUGUGAUCGCUGACAAUACGACACCAAAGGAUCAGACAGUUCGCCCGCCAGUCGCCGCCACUCAGCCGUUAAAGAAACGUUCCAUACCACCGCAUCUCCUGCGGAGAUCCUUGACGCCAGCCAAAUCUGUGACCUCGGUGACCAGUAACAACUCUAUAGUGAAGGCGAAAGCAAGGACUCCUGUUCCCGGAAGCGACCAGACGCGCGGCUGCAACAAAUCCCUGCUCAAGUCCUGCAGGAAUAUGAUUCGCGAGUUCUUGGACAAUCAGGAGCUUAUCUAAUAAGUGAUGACCUUUCCACAAAUAUCUAACGAAUAUUGAAUUUAAACAACAAGCAUUCUAAUCAUAGAUUUUAGAAAUCUUUUCAAAAAAAUUAACGCUGAUUUCCUAAUAUUAAAAAUUUGUAUUUUACACUAUUUUCUGAUUUGAAGAAACGACUUUUGAAAUUGUAAUAAAGACAAAAUUAAA